CUUGUCAUUAAAUUUAGCCUCUGUGUUCUUUUUUGUCAUUUCUUAACAACUCUUAUUUACUUUUUUUUUCUUUGUGCAGCAUCGAGGCCUUUAAUUUCUGCAUCAACUGCCAAAUGUGACAACUCAAAGCAAGGAUGCUUCCACCGAUGUCAGCUAUGUGACUAUGAGACUGAUGAACUAUUUCUUCUGGAAGAACAUGCCAGCGACCAUACUGGCGAGAAACUGUUUCAUUGCCCUUUAUGCCCUCAGAGGUUUCCACAGAAGCAGAGACUGAAAACCCACCUGCUCAACCACACAAUCAAGACGCCAUUUCAGUGCACUUCAUGCUUUCAGAGCUUCUCGGAUAAGGCUCACCUGAAAAAGCACCUGCGCAUCCAUACGGGCGAGAAGCCGUUUCAUUGCCUUUUGUGCCCUCGGAGCUUUUCUCAAAAGUUCAACCUGAAAACCCACCUGCUCACCCACACAGGUGAGAAGCCAUAUGAAUGCCCUUCAUGCUCUCAACGCUUCUCGCGCAAGUUUUACCUGAAAGCCCACCUGCACACCCACACAGGUGAGAAGCCAUAUCAGUGCCCUUCAUGCUCUCAGAGCUUCUCGCUAAAGACUUCCCUGAAACAGCACCUGUACAGCCACACAGGCGAGAAGCCAUAUCAGUGCCCUUCAUGCUCACGGGGCUUCUCACGAAAGGGCGGCCUGAAAAUGCACCUCCUCACUCACUCAGGCGAGAAGCCAUUUCACUGCCCUUCAUGCUGUCAGAGCUUUUCCCGAAAGGGCAACCUGAAUGCCCACCUGCGCACCCACACAGGCGAGAAGCCAUAUCAGUGCCCUUCAUGCUCUCAGAGCUUCUCGCAAGAGACCUCUCUGAAACAGCACCUGUACAGCCACACAGGCGAGAAGCCAUAUCAGUGCUCUUCAUGCUCUCGGGGCUUCUAAAAAAAAUAUCACCUGAAAGCGCACCUGGUGACUCACACAAACAAGAAGCCAUAUCAGUGCCCUUCAUGCUCUCAGAGCUUCUCGCGAAAAACCUCCCUGAAAGAGCACCUGUGCAGCCACACAGGCGAGAAGCCAUAUCAGUGCCCGUCAUGCUCUCGGGGCUUCUCACGAAAGGGCGACCUGAAAAAGCACCUCCUCACUCAUUCAGGCGAGA